GUAGCGCAGCGCGGAUCAGAUAAGAUAAGCCGGCACAAGGCCGUCGGCUUCGAAUAAAUCAUCAUAAUGUAUCCGAAAUACCGUGAAAACGUGAGAUAAGCCAGAUAUAAAAUGAUCAGUUCUAGUGAUAUGACAAAUGUGAAUGAAGUGAAACUGAGUGAAACGGCUUGAGUUUUGUGUGAUGGUGUGUUAGCUGCCGCGAUGGGUUGCCAGUUGGGAAAGUUGGCGGCUUCGGAGAGGCGCGCCAACAUUGCAGCGGCGGCGCUGAGUGACGGACCUCCUCCGGCGACCGAUCCACGUCUGCCGCUCACCGCCAAGCAGAAGUACUCCAUGCUCGCGUCAUGGAAGGGCAUCUCCAGAGCCAUGGAGAAGACCGGCAUUUGUAUGUUUAUAAAGUUAUUCGAAGAAAACCAAGACCUUCUGAACAUGUUCGAGAAAUUUCGUCAAUGUCGGACGAAAGAGGAGCAGAUCAACUCCAUGGAGCUGGCGGAGCACGCCAACAACGUGAUGAACACCCUGGACGAAGGCAUCAAGGGCCUCGACGAUCUGGACAACUUCUUCGAGUACAUACACCAGAUCGGGGCCAGCCAUAGGAGAAUACCUGGCUUCAAAGUGGAAUAUUUUUGGAAAAUCGAGGCGCCAUUCCUCGCGGCGGUGGAGUCAACACUCGGCGACCGCUACACGCCAAACGUGGAGAAUAUAUACAAGAUAACAAUUAAAUUUAUACUAGAAACACUCAUUGAAGGAUACGAAAUGGCCGGCAACAAACCGAACGCCACGUGAGCAUCACACCACGAAACAUAACACAACGGGAACCAUACAAAUUCGAAACGCAAGAACAGAGAAUCAAGCGUGAAACCGGAACAAAUCGAUUUAUCCUAGAGUCGUCGCCAGUGUUGGUUUGAAUAAAUGAUGUCAAUUGAAUGAGUGCGGUACAGACGUUCGUAAAUGCAUCAUGAAACUUUUGUGUGUAUAAUGUGAAUAUUUUAACGUAUAGUUGUGUCGGUUCAUUUCGCACGUCCGUAUUUCGGGCACGCGUUUCCGAAAUGGAGCUAUUUCUUUAGAAUGCUUGUUAGUUAACUAUUAUUUUAGCGUCAAAUGUAGAUAUAGUUCAUGAAAUUGUGAAUGUGUAUUUAUGGAUUAAGCGAUAAGUUUUUAAUGUCACAAAGCUUGUUAACUAAUUCAUUCCUUGCUUCUUAUUAUAUUGGCUGGUCCUCAUAAAAUUUUGGCAAUUAAAAUAUAUUGCGUCUUCCGUGUAAAUAUUUGUUGAUGCUAAACUAUUAAUACUUAUUAUAAUAUUUAAUUUCCCGUGAGCACAAAUGUGUUAGAUAUAGCGUUACGAACUGAAUCUUUUAGCUUUUCUCGAAAUAAAAUAUUUUUCUUACUGGCAACAUUUUCUAACGUCAAAAUUAUUGUAAUGUAGUAUCUGUCAUUCAUCGCACAAGGCGAGUGCAUUUAUUUUUCUGCAUAUAUGAAACCAAAGAGGGUAGAGGUAAUAUUUUUAAAGGGAUAUUUUUAACUAUACAAGUCUUAAGUGUCAAUUCCUAUUAUAGAACAUUUGUCAAGAAUCUAUUUUGUGUUCCUUUUAGAAAGUUUUACCUGUUCUUACAACAAUGGGUGUCGAGUUUCUUUCUCGGACGUAAAUUUAAUUAAAAGACGUGAGUUUCCAUUCAAACUUCUCACUUAGACCUCUGGGAACUACUUUGAAAAGUUCAAUUUCAUGUAGAGGGGGUGUUUUUGUUUCAAUUAACCUCAGACGAUGGGUUCUGCAAUUUUAAUAUAAAGCAAUACCGAGUAGGGAGUUUGCAGGGUUUGCUUUAAACACUUAAUGUUAUUAAAAGAUCGCGUAGCUUCAACCUCCGCAUAGUAAAAGGCGAUAAACCUUCAAGUCACGCUGGCCUAAUUCGCGUUGGUAAACACAUACCUCCGGAAUUCUGAUAAUGCAGUCAGAGAUGCAGUCUUCUUUCAUAAAAUUUUUAAAACAUCCUGGCACGGCAAAAAAUACUAAAUUUGAUAGUUUUUAACAUGUUAUAGAAUAAUAAUAUCAAUCAACUUGAUAGUUCCUAUUUCCGAAAUUUCUAUAUGAAUGCUGACUGACCCCGGAAUACUGCUCGUUGGUCGAACUAUCUGGGUUUCAUCAUGUGUUAGAUAUACUGUCUAGUCAGCUGUAUAAUAAUUCAACACUCUUACCAGUAACUCGUUUGUUACACACAAUCUGUAAACUUUGUAUCAAUAAUUCGUUCACUCCACAAAUAUUUGCUUUAGUACUGACAAGUGACAACCAACGGGGAGUUUUCGGUGAACUGAGCUCGUACUAUUCAGUUAAAACACGUGCAAUGGAUAUAAUAAACAAAAUGAUAUACAGACCGCCCACGGUCGUGAUUCAACCCAGAGUUUUAUAUAAAUAAAUACUUUGCCGUACUUUAUGCGGCAAUUGAAACUGGGAAAACAAAAUAUUAUUCAUGUAUUACAGGCUGAGUGGUGAAUGUAUCCAGAUGUUUGGCGAUGUCUACGAAGCUAGCUUAUUUGCCGCAUGGAAAACAUCAAAGCUUACUUGAUAUUAUUUUUCUUUGCGGUAAUUUUGUACUCGCAUAGUAACUACAGCGUCGUUUGACUAACGAGAAUACUUCACUACAUGGUUGCAGGAUUAUGCUCUAUAAUUAUACACAGUGAUUUUAUAGUCAUUAUAGAACCAAAAUAUGGUUACUUAGAACAAUUUUUAGGACCAAAAAAAUAGUAAAUUAAUCAGACUUUUGAUAAUAUUAUUUUUCACUCGUUCGAGUUUGACAAUGAUAGUAACGAUGCGAUAAUUAUUGAUAUGAAUGGCACCAAUCGUAGUAGUACGUGAGAUUUAGUUGCAUUACCACGAGUUCUCAUUUAUUAUUCGUAAACAUUAAUUUUAGCGUUUAUAAAAAAAUAUUUUUAUUUUAUUACAUUGGUAUCUUUUUUAAAAUCUAUUAUUGUUAAAUAAUUUUAAAAAAAUACGAUUCAUAACGACUAUUAAAUCAUGUUGUAUUGUGUCUGGAACAAGCCGGGAUUUCCACUACAUGUACAAUAGUUCAAAAUACAUUAGACCUUUAGUAAGGUGGAGAUUUUGUAAAGAACAGAUAAUGUCUGAACUGUACACUCUUAACUUUAAAUAUGCUCCUUAUCUUCACCAAACUAUCCUUCCGUGAAGUAUUGGAAGUUGUUACCCGACUAGCAUAAAACGUUUUAUGGGACAUAAACUGUCGAUCACAUCAACAAAUAAGUGCCACAUUAAAGAUACAUUGGAGCUACACAGAUUUACGGACUACGUUCAUGAGUUAACCGGAAUGACGCGGCAUUGGAUUGAAAAGUGUUAUUUGUUUGCCAAUAGUAAGCCCAAAUCACCUUAACAGUGACUGCAAUUCUUUUUUUCGCAUCCAAAAACGCGUUAUGACUACUAUCAUUUGGGUGAGUGGAACGGUUAUGUUGGUUUCAACACUUAAAGCAUCGCAAUGUUUGCCGGCAAACAUGACAUUACGCGUGUCACGGAAAAAUAACCUUAUUCUGUAGUAUAUAAGUUUAUAUUCCCGUGACACAAGUAAAUGUCAUGUAGCUGUCAUGUUUGCCGGCAAACAUUCCGAUGCUUCAUGGAAUAAUACUAGUACAACUAGAGUAUAGUUUUGUUUUUUAAUUUAAAAAACUGAUUGCUUCCAGAAAAUUAAACUAAAACAGCAAAUAUGUCUAUCGUCUACGUGUCCGUGCCAGCAAUCCGUUUUAUACGUAGUCGAGGUGUUUUGAUUUUUUUUUGUUAUGGCACCUGCGUCGUCCAUAUUUAUUUCCGUGUCACCUACAGUAUGGUAAACGAACCAAAAGUCUCAUAUAGUUUAAAAGUGUUUUUCUACCAUAUAUAUACUUAACCCAUAUGUCGUCAUCGGGUAAAAUUGAAACAAAAUAACUUCCCAGUAUCAAAUAUACCUAACCAAAAGUACGUUAAAAGUUUGUAACAAAAACAUGUUAAAUUAACAAUGUAUUUAUAUAAAUAAUUUUAUUAUAAGCGAUGGAUGUGUUAUACGUAAAAUAAAUAAGAUCUGUGUAAUGAA